AUGGUCUCUAUGACAGCAGAUAUAUGCAUAAAACGACACGGAGGGGCAACAAAGAGCAGGAAGGGCAGCAAAUGGCAGAUAUGGACAACAGACCAGACCAUUCUACCAGCGACAAGAAAACAACGAUCGACGACGAAGAUGGUAGAGCAUGACGACAGUGAUCAAAGAGCAAAGAUUAUCAUCACCUCCACCAUCACUCACCGCUCUAUACUGCUGCCACCGUCGCAACCUCUAAUUACACAACCACCAUCAAAUGCAUCAGUACUUUCUUCUUCUUCUUCUUCGUUGACCACCGAUUUAGAUCUACGUAAAUAUACCCUAAACUGGAUUUGAUCCCCUAAAUUCAUUCAGAUCUGAGAUAUAUACGAAGGAGAGAAAGAAAAACGAGGAAGAAGGUCGUUUUCUUUAUUCAUGUACGAUACAUUGCUCAGGUUCGUCUUCUACACAAUUUCAACCUUUUGUUUUGCAGUUUCAUAUGAUUUUUGUUAGUUUAUUUCUUCCUUUUCAUCAAUUUCCUGUAUCAUUUUAUGUUUCUAAUUUAUAUUUUUUUUGCAUCAUUUUGUGUUGCUUGGACAUUUACUAGUGUAUAUAUGGAAUGAUGUUGAUUGGCUUUCCUCAUCUGGCAAUUCAUAUGAAGAUGAAGCCUAAUAUUUGUAAAUAACUAAUGGAAGGUACAAGAGUGUGGUGCAUAAAGUGGUUUCUUGAACAUAUGUGAUCCAAUGUCAAUAGCUUCAUUUUUCAAUUUAAGCUGUUAUGAUGCGACUUACUUUCUAAUACUUAACCAUUCCACCUUUUUGAUUGGUUGUUCUAUGUUUUCGUCACUGCCCCCCC